GCCAGUUCGUCCCUCAUCAUCGGUCCCGAAAUCACGGUUCCCUACCGCCGUCUCUCCGAGUUUAUUUUUUCCCUGCUACGAUGCGCGGAAUGUGCCCUACAGUUGUAUAACAUUUUGAAAACCACUUCCCGCGAUUCAAACACUGCCGUUUUGGCGGCUGACUGGGGGGCUCCGGGCUGUUGUUCCCGACCUCGGCGUCUCUUUUCAGUCGACCGAUUCUUCAAACCUAGAGAGCCACAACCAUGGCACCGCCUCCGAAUACCCCAGACGAAGGGCUCACAGUAACAUUCCGAGUCUCAGUGGAUGACGAGCUUUUCAGAGUAUCCUCUCCGCAUCCAAGCAGCGCUAUGGCCGACACGUCACAAAACGGAUCGUGCGUCAUCAAGCUUGACUACCAGGCUCUCGAGUAUAUCGACCCUGUCGAUGAGACUCUCCUUUGCCCAGUCUGCAAAACACCCUUUUACUCACCAAUCACAACACCUUGCGGCCACACCUUUUGCGCGGGGUGUAUCAAUCGAGCGCUAGAGACACAGCCAACGUGCCCGAUAGACCGCCAGCCGAUCAACAAAACACGAGACUAUCGGCGGCUUCCCUUGAUCGUCAAAGACCAGCUGGACCGCCUCAAGGUAAAAUGCCCAAAUAAAGGCUGUGACCACCAAUGCCCCCGCGAGCUCCUCGAGGCUCACUACGAGCGCCGCUGCGAAUUCAGCCUGGUGCGAUGCCCAGAUUCCAACUGUACCCAGCUCAUCGCGCGCCGGGACGCCUCCCCCGCGAAAGGCUGCUUGCACAUAGAUGUCGUCUGUGAGUUCUGCGAGAAGAAAACAACCUUUGCAGAGCUCGAUGGGCACCACAACUUUGAGUGCGACGGCGCUAUCGUCGAGUGCCCGGAUUGCGGGAGAGGUAUCGUGCGCCACACUCUGGUCCAUCACCGGACACAAGAAUGCCUCGAGGGCCAUGCACAAUGCAAGUGGCAUACGGCAGGGUGUAAGGUGGCAGGAAAGCGUGGAGUCGUCCAGGAGCAUGAGCAAAGCGGCGAGUGCAGCUUCGAAGUGUUAGGGCGUUUGAUCGAGAAGCAGGCCGAGGACCGGAAGAUCAUCAACGAGUUGUCCGAAAGGCUUGCGAGGUUCGAAGCUGCCCAGGCCAGAAGACGCGAGCCGCGGGUGACUCAAUUAUCGGCGCGAGGCGGCCUGUCGCCCGUCGCUGGUUCCUCGCGCAGCGCCGCAGCCUCCAACGCCCCGGACAUCACGCUCAAUAACAACGUCCCCGUUUCCCUGGACCCAGCGGAUGACGGUGCAACAGGAGGCUCGCCAGAGGACUACAUGCUGGCGCAGUUCGAGCGGCUUGAGACGCAACUUGAGUUGCUCCGGCAGCAGUCUAUAGACAUGGAUGCGCGCCAGUCUCACCUGAUCUUACAACACGCGACACACUUCAGCGAACAGCUUGCCGAGAUUGGCAACAAGGUUGGCAUCGUUAACAUGCACAUGUCCUGGCUCAUGAGCCUACAGCGGCAACAGCGUGCUGGGUCGACCGCGGGAUCUUCCUCAAAUGCCGGGCUGUCUCAGGGGACCGGCAACGGCAGCGUACGGCCGGCAUCUUCCGAUGACAGCAGCGUCCAAUACCCGGGGGACAACCGCCGGCACAGCGAAGGGAGGGGAGAAAGUCUUCACAGGCUAUGAAGAUAGGUCGGAUCUCAGAAUUUAUGGUCUUGUGGGUUGCUUGAGUGGUGUUUUGGAGUUGGAGUUCUUG